AUGGCGCUGGCUCUGCCCUCGCCUGCCUGGCCGCGGCCCUGCUGCCGCGGCCCCCGGGAGCCCAGCAGCAAGGAGAAGGUGAGGCCUCGCCAAGUCUGCGACUGCAACGGGAUGUCCAGGCAGUGUGCCUUCGACUGGCAGCUCCUGCGGGAGACGGGGAACGGGUACCGCUGCCUUGGCUGCCGGGGCAACACGGAGGGCGCCCGCUGCGAGCGCUGCAAGGAGGGGUUCUUCCGACGGCGGGAGCGGGAGUGCUGCCUGCCCUGCCACUGCCACCCCUGGGGCUCCCUCAGCACACAGUGUGACAGCUACGGCCGGUGCAGCUGCAAGCCCGGCGUGAUGGGGGACAAGUGUGACCGCUGCCAGCCGGGCUUUGAGCCCCUGUCCGAGGCCGGGUGCCGGAGGAGCGGGCAGAGCCUGCAGUGCGAGUGUGACCCUGCCGGUAGCUCCGGGAACUGUCGCUCCGGCCGCUGUGUCUGCAAGGCGAGCGCUGCCGGGGAGCGCUGUGAGAGGUGCAAGCGACACUUCUACAACUUGGAUGCCAGAAACCCCAUGGGAUGCUCUCCCUGCUUCUGCUAUGGGCACUCGGCUACGUGUGUCAGCGCGGACAACCACAGUGUCCACAACAUCACCUCCACCUUCCAGCAAGGUGCUGAGGGCUGGCAAGGUGUCCAUGCAAGCAGCUCCCCAGCCCAGCUCCAGUGGUCCCCACGCCACCGGGAUGCCUUCAUAGCGGCGAGGAGAUCGGAGCCCAUAUACUUUGUGGCACCUGCGAAAUUCCUUGGGAACCAGCAACUGAGCUACGGUCAGACGCUCUCCUUCGAUUACCGCCUGGACCGAGGGGGACUCCAGCCAUCUCCACACGAUGUGAUCCUGGAAGGAGAUGGCCUGAGAGUCACUGCCCCCUUCUUACCCCAGGGGGAGGUCCUGCCCUGCGGUGUCAGCCAUACAUACACGUUCAGGUUGGAUGAACACCCGAGCAGCAAGUGGAGCCCGAGGCUGAAUCACUUGGAAUUUCGCAGGCUGCUGGGAAACCUGACAGCCCUCUGGAUUCGAGCCACAUUUGGGGAGUACAGCACUGGCUACAUCGACAAUGUCACCCUGGUGUCGGCACAGCCCAUCCCUGGAGUCCCUGCUCCGUGGGUGGAGCGCUGCGAGUGCCCGGCAGCGUACGGGGGGCAGUUCUGUGAGAGAUGUGCCCCUGGCUACCGCAGAGACAGCCCUGGCCAAGGGCCCUUCAGCAUCUGCGUGCCCUGCAGUUGCCAGGGGGGAGGAAUCUGUGACCCUGACACUGGAGAAUGCUACUCUGGAGAUGAAAAUGUGGGCAGCAGUGUCAGCUGCCCCUUCGGCUCCUACCAUGACCCCCGGCAGCCACACGGCUGCAGGACCUGCCCCUGUGGCCAUGGCCAGGGCUGCUCCGUGGUGCCAGGCAGUGAGGAGGUCACCUGUGACCACUGCCCUCCUGGAGCUGCUGGGGACAACUGCGAGUACUGUGCUGAUGGUUAUUUUGGGGACCCAGUGGCUUCCCAGCCCUGCCAACUGUGCCAGUGCAACGGCAAUGUGGAGCCCAACGCCGUGGGGAACUGCGACCGCCAGACCGGGGAGUGCCUCAAGUGCAUCCACAACACCGCCGGCUUCUACUGCGACCGCUGCAAGGACGGCUUCUUCGGGAACCCGCUGGCCCCCGACCCCGCCGACAAGUGCAGAGCCUGUGCCUGCAACUCAGUUGGUGCUGAGCCCCUGAAAUGCAGGAGCGAUGGGAGCUGCAUCUGCAAACCCGGCUUUGAGGGUCCCAACUGUGAAGAGAGUGAGUGCCCGGCUUGCUACAGCCAGGUGAAAGCCCAGGUGGAUCUGUACCUGCAGCAGCUGGCAGAGCUGGAGCUGCUUUUCUCAGGGCUGCAAGCUGGUGGUGGGGCCCAGAGCCAGGAGCUGGAGAGGAGAAUGCAGGUGGCUGAGGAGAUGCUGCGGACCAUCCUCAGGGAAGCCCUGAGCCUGCAAGCUUCUGACAGGUCUCUGGAAGGCCGUGUGACCAGGAUGAAUGGGCAGGGUCCCAGCUCCCAGAGCCGCUUGGGCGAGAUCAAGGCAACGGUGGAGAGGCUGAGGUCUCUCGGGAGCCAGUACGAGAGGCAGGUGCAGGAGACCCGGCAGCUGCUGGAGAGAGCGAGGCUGGACCUGGAGAGCAGUGGAGCUGCCCUCCGCCGGGCGAACAUUCCUGUUUCAAGCCUUCCUGGGGGCUCAAACCAGUUCUUGAUGCUGGCCCAGGAGGCUCUGAGACUGGCCAACAGCCACGCACAAGCAGCCAACACCAUCGAGCAAGCAGCGCGGGCGGCGCGGGAGGACGCGGGGCAGGCGCUGGAGCUGCUGCGCGCGGCGGCCGGAGGAGAGGCGGCUGCCUCCGGCUCCCUGCUCGGGCUGCUUGGGAGGUACGAGAAGCUGCAGUCGCUGGCUGGAGGCCUGAAGGCUGAUGCCGACGGAAUGGCCUCUGAGGCAGACAAGGCUUACCAGGGCAGCCUAGUGCUCCUCAGCUCCCUGUCCCGCCUGACAGAGACCGACAUCGGCUCCUUUGAGGGGGAGGCAUCCCGGCUGAAGCAGGAUGCCAGUGCUCUUCUGAGCCUGGUGGACACCUACAUGGCCCAGUACAAGCAGCUGCAGAGCCGCACGGGGCGCUGGGAGGAGGAAACCAAGGAGCUGCUGAGAAGGCAGGAGGGCGAGAGAGCGAAGCUGACACAGCUGCUGUCCCGAGCCAACCUCGCCAAGAGCACAGCCCUGCAAGCCAUGAGCGCUGGCAAUGCCACCUUCUACCAGGUGGAACAAAUCCUGAAGAGCCUCAGGGAGUUCAACCUGCAAGCAGGUGACAAGAGGAGGGAAGCUGAAGAUGCCAUGAGGAGGCUGCCCAUUAUCAGCAGCAUGGUCACCAGUGCCAGGGAGAAGACAGACCGAGCCGAAGCAAUCCUGGGCAGCGCUGCUUCCGAAUCCAAGGCAGCCAGCAGCGCUGCAGGGGAAGCGAAGGAGAUCACCACAGGGAUCCAGGAGGAGAUUGCCCAGCUGAAGGUGGAAGCCAACCAGACGGCCGAUGGUGUCCUCGCCCUGGAGAAGGCAGUGGCCGCCCUGCGGCGCGAGGCCAAGGAAGCAGAAGAUGAAUUUGAGAGGAAGCUCUUGGAGGUUGAGGCGGAUGCUGCUGUGAUACAGGAGACAGCUCAGGAGGCUCAGAGAGUCCAUGACAAGGCUGGCCAGGCAGGGGUGGCCGUGCAGGAGACGCUGAGUGCCCUGGAAGAGCUGCUGCGCCUGAUGAACCAGCCUGGUGCUGUGGAUGAGGAUGGCCUGAAGCAGCUCGAGAUGAAUUUUAGCAAAGCCAAAACCAGAAGCAACCAGCUGAAGGCUGAGAUGUCUGAGCUGGAGCAGACAGCCAUGCUGCAGAAGGCCCGGGUGCGGACACUGGAGAGCAACAUCGAUGAGAUCCUGGCCGAUAUAAAGAACCUGGAGGAUGUCCAGAGGAGUCUUCCUCCAGGCUGCUACAACACAAAAGCCAUUGAAUUGCCAUGAGUAAGCUCUGGAAAGGCUGCAGCACCUGCCAGGCUGAAGGCAGGAGAGCCUCCCCAAAUCUGGCAGGACUGGCUGCGUUUGACGGUGUUGAACUGAUCCUUACCCUCAAUUUCAGCAUGGCAGAUGAAGCUCAGUGUCAUGCUGGCCCUGGAGAGUCCCUAAUUUUCCAAAGUGCUCCGUCCCUCGCUCGUGGGAGGAAGAAGACGCCUGGUUUGUGAAGGUGCUACUGGCUGAAGAACAGCCCGUUCCUACAACAUUUCUCUGAGGUGCAAGUCGGCAUUGCUUGGUGUCAGCCUUGGGAGUUGGCGUGGUUCGGAGCCUGAAGUUCAUGACUGAGAGGUUUUCCACCCUCCACCCUCUGUGGAUCCCUUCUCCUGGUCUGGCACACAUAGCCUCUGUCCUUACUUUGGACACUGCCACCACCACCACCUCCUCCUCAUGUUCUCAGUGAGGUUUUCCUCACCAUCAGUAGCUCAGCGAGCGGCAUGAAGAGACAGAUGGGAGAGAUGAGUUUUGAGCUGUGGCACUGGUGAUGCUUCCUGUGGCAUUCUCCUCCCAGCCUGCCCAUUCCUCACCGUCCUGGGAGUGGUGCUGACGUGGUUUUGCUGUGGCUUAGAGCUCUGGCACUGAUGACCAUUUUCACACAGCUGCAGGUCUUCCACAGUGCUUCUCAGUGAGGUGGUUACUGUUCACUAAAGAGGAGGGAAAAAGAGCUUCCAGGUGCCUUUGAGCUCACAGUGAUGUGCUGGAUGGAGGACGAGGAGAUCCCAGGCUAGCAGGGGCUCCUGAGAUGAAAAGUCUUUCCUGCUUUACCUGCUCCCUUCAGCCAGGAGGAGUAUCCCUAUUCUUUCUCCCACACUUCGCAAGUCCCAAAGCCCCUGAGGGGUGGCUUUCCUGUCAAAGCUCCUCCUGGGCAAACACAGGUCUCCUUACCACCUCCUUACAUGCUCAAGCACAACCUUUCCUUACAAGACUGGUCCCUGUGGUACCAGGCAGCUUCCUGGGUGUCCCAGAGGUCAGGAGAAGGAGGGUGAUGUCUCCAGGACUCUGCAGGAAUGGGGGCUUUCUCUAGGGGUCUGCAGCCGUGAGCUCUUGUGUCUGAGAGCCCUGUCCCAUCCCACUGCAGUGUCUGCACCCCGAUUUGAUCGGUGUAAAAAUAUUGAGGAUGUCUUGAAUGUGUUUCAGCCUCUGUUUUGGUGCUGCCUAUCCCCCCCCUCCCUCCUGCAUUGGAUGUGCUGGAUGUUUCUCAGAGGCUCAGGUAGUUCUCCACAGGGGUUUCCCAUUGUACAUCUGAGCAGAGCUCAGUGGGGCCAAAGACCCCAGUGCUCCCUUCACCACCUGUGGCUUUCCUGCGGGUCCAGAUCCAUUUUGACACCACUCCCACCUUCCUUUAGAUGUCAUGCAGGGGAAAAAAAUUGCUACCACAUGCUGUAAGUCAGCUCUGCUGAAGCCCCUGGCCUGUGUGGUGGUAAAAGAGGAGGUCCUGAAUGAUGGAGGAGGACUCUAUGGGGACUCAGCCCUCCUUAUUUCUGAUUCUCUGAUAAAGCAGCAUCUGUGCUUUUACUUAAUGAUAUACCAAGUAUUAUGUGUGCCUUACACUUUUAUUUAAGUGAGAUAUACUCUAGCCCCUGGCAUGUCUUCCUUCUUCUGUUGUACUGCAUAGGGACAGGUAUUAUGGACCUGGCUAUUUUUCCAUGAGUUGGGUUUUUUGAAAGGGAGGAGGUCAAUAAAUGAUGAAUACUUUUGGCUGGAUCUUGCCUCUUGGUUUAUUUUCUCAGGCUCCCUAA